AUGUCUUCACCCCCAGGAUCACCCUUUUCUAUGGGCUCACCCAUCAGUCAAGCCUCAAAUGUCCUGACGCCCAGUCGGAAAGUGCAGGCUCUGCUUGCCCAGUUCGAGGAUUCUGACUCUGACUCGCCUCCUAUCGAACACGACACCUCACCGCGCAAACUAAGCCAAGGACACAAUGGCCACUCAUCAUUCGACGGCACUCCUAGCGUGCAAGAGGAGGGUACUCGAGAGGAGCACCAGGACGAGGACGAGGAUGAGGACGACUUGCCAGUAGCUCCACGGUCAAGGAUGGCUGCUCGCUUGCUAGGGCCUAAUCAAGUGCAAUUGUCAGGCGAGAUGGGGGAUGCUACCACGGCUGCAACACAACUGCGUUCAAGCACUCUAGAGUCCGAGAAGGGAGACGUUGCACGACCAGAAAUGAAGAGGAGACUCCUUACGAAGCGCAAGAGCAGUCCAAUACGACGACACGCCUCGAGAUCACCGACCGCUGCAUCCCCUGCAUCUCUCCCAUCCCCUCCUAUUCGCCAACAACCCUCGCAAGCAGAUUCUGACCCGGAAGAUGGAGAUGAUCAAUCCAACGUUGGCAAGUCGAAAUUUUUGGCUCUGGUCGAGAAGCAUCGUAAGCAACGUCUCGAGAAGGAAGCAGAAGAGGUGGCCAAGCGGAAGAUGCGUGAAGAAAAGCUCAGAUCUCUCGAGAGGAACAAUCGGCAUUUGCGAGGCUCCAGCCCAGCAGAUGAUACCGAAGAAGAGACCGACAAUUCUGGCAAUGAAGGAGCCAAAAAACUCUCAACGCAGACCCGGCCGAUGCGCAAAGCAAGCAAGAAAGCGUUGGAGGAGAUGAAUCGAGAAACCCAGCGAAUGAGCCGGAACAUGCAGUUGGCGCACCAAGCGCGAACGAAGAAGAAGAUUACGAAGGACAGUCUACUGGCAAGAUUCAACUUUCUCGUCGCUGGCUCCUCUUCGAGGAAUGUGACUGAUCAAGAGACUGAUCGUCCUGCGACUGGUAGUUCUAGAGCCGGAUCAGUCAACGAAGGCUCAAGUACCCACGAUACUCCACCAACUAGCCCUAUGAACGAGGAACAUAGAGACAUGUUCAAAGAGAAGCUUAGUGCCGUUGAUGCAUCAGAAACACCCGCUCCCACAAUUCCCCUGGAUGCCGCGAAUUCUCAGCCCGCUAUCGCGAACCUUGACAAAGGCAAGAGAAGAGCUCGGUCAGAGGAGCCCGUGCCAGAAGUUUUACUUGUCCGACCAGGAAUGGAACACCUCACCCAAAAACCAAUGCGAGAAUUCAGCCAAAUUCUUAAGCCAACGAUCAAACCGUAUGAGCAGAAAAAGCCUUUAUUAUCUGUGUCCAAGGCCGACAACGAUGGGUCGGACUCUGACCUUGAGGUAAUUACUUCCAAGGGCGACGUUAGAAAGUAUGCUGCAUUCGAACAUCUUCCCAAACGGAAAGCGAAGGAGGCUCCUUCUCAUCUUGCUCUUCGAUCACUAGCUCAUUUGAUUGGUGGAGAUGAGCGGAAGCGCGCAAUGAAUGCAGCAGAACUGGAGGUCUCCUUGCGUAGAGCCGCUCGUCUCCAAGCUCGACAGGAACGGCAACAGAAGAUUGAAGAGCUCAAAGCGAGAGGCGUGAUCAUCCAAACCUCUGAAGAACGCGAACGUGAGCAACAAGAUGUCGAAGAUUUGAUUGAAAAGGCUAGGCAAGAAGCGGUUGAAAUUCAGAAGCGAGAAAAGGCUCUUGCGAAGAAGGAAGGAAACUACGUCAAGGGAGCUUUUGACGACGAUGAUAGUGAUGACGAUGAGGACUUUGAAGUCGACGACGGAGGAGACGCUAGUGAAGAGUCCGAUGAAGAAGAGAAUGACGGUGAGGAAGAUGAUGCGCACGACAUCGGUAACGAGAAUCUGCUGGAUGACGAAGCCAGCGAAGAAGAUUCAGAUGAUCAACAGCAAGCUAGCGAUGGUGAUCCUGUUGCGGAAGAUGUAGUUGAACCCGAGGAAGUUGGAGUCUCUGUUGCUAGAACGAAACGACGCGCUCGUGUACUGAGUGACGAUGAGGAGGAAGAUGACGACGACAAAGGCAACUCGCUUGAACUCCCGCCUGCAGCCAAAACGCCUCAAUCUGUCUUGCGCUCGGCAAGAAAACAGAUCCCCGGCCUGCAGAUGUCGGAUGACCUGCCGAUGGGUUUAACACAGGCGUUCGCUGCGACGAUGGCGGACUCUCAAAGCCAGGGCCUGGAGGAAGAACAGGACAGCCUGCGCAUGACUAUGGACCUCCCCUCCCCCAAUAUUGCAAUGGCUCCACGAGUGCAGCGCCUUGACUCGAUCGAUGUCAUUACAGACAGUCAACCGGCAACCCAGACCCAGCCUCUCAACGUGAACCUUUCCUUUUCGGAAUCUCAGAACCUACCUCAGUCUCCAAUAAGUGCAGUCGAGAUACACGGUCGGCAAUUUACCCCUUCUCAACCACAAUUUGAGCCGACCCAAGAUGAAGGAUACAUAUUGAGUCCAUUUGCUGGUAAUCGAUUUGCCCAGGAGACCCCCCAUGAUCUUGGACCAACUUCGACGGUUGAUACUGUGAUAGUACCUCACGACGUCCAAGACAGUCCCAUUGUGCAAAGAACGGUGCGUCUAAGACGAGGUCGUGCACAGGCCGACGACAGUGAUGAUGACAAUGUUAGCGCAAACGUCUCUGCUUUUGAGGUUAUGCAUCGUGCCGCCAAGAAGAAGGAAUCCGAGAUCUUCGAUAAAACAAAGUCAAAAGCACGAGAAAUUAUAGACGAAGCUGCGGAAGAAUCAGAAGACGAGUAUGCUGGCUUAGGCGGGGCGAGCGACGACGACGUCAACGAGGAAGAGAAUGAGGAUGACCGUGCCAUGAUCGACGAGGACACUCAGGUCGGGGUCGGUGACGAAGCGAAACUGGCCAAGCUCUUUGCGGACCGAGAGCGGGAGCAAGACGAAGCUGCCGUGUCUAAGUUGAUGAAGGAUAUUACGACUGGCGCGCUGCGACGAAAACGUGGCAACGACGACCUAGAUCUCUCGGAUGAGGAAGAUGCUGCAAACCGACGACGCGAGGCCAAGAGACGAGAAUUCGCCAGGAUGCGCCGAGAGCUUCUGAAAGAUGAGGCGGUGGGCAAGAUUGCCGAAGACAAAAAGAAGGAAGCUUUCCUGCGAAGCAUCGAAGAUCGGGACGUGAGCGACGGAGAAGACGACUUCGACCUGCCAGAAACCCAACCUGAAGACGAUUCACAGGAGCAAGCACCAGAAUCUGGAAACGAAGGAACGAACCAAACAGGACCACAAACUGCAGACCGUUUCCCUCAACCACUUGAGCAGGCCAGAGAGUCUCGAAUCAACCAGGCAAAGCGUGUUAUUGGCAGUCGUGCACCUGUUCAUCUCACUCGAAAACCGGCUACGUUGGCUGAGAUCCGCGAGUCCGUAUCGUUUCUGAUUGAAGAGCCCGAUUCGCAAGCAGCCACGAUCGAUCUUGGUCUGUCGGAUUCUGAAGACGAGCCAGAAGCAUACGUCAAUUUAGAUCGCCACUUUCAGGAAGCCGAAGCCGAUGAGAAUGCCGAUGAUGGCGAUGACCUAGGUGAUUUUAUCGUCGACGACGACGAUAGCCAGGCCAAACAAGAAGACAACAACGCGGCUGGCUCCUUCAAGAAGCCAAGCGUUCCCUAUAGCAAGACUAGGGCUCCGUACUCGGAACGGCGUACAAGGGAGAGACCCAACGUAGUCAACCGGCUGAGCAUGCUUCGUCAGGCAUCUUCGUCGAGUUCGUCAAGCUCGUCAACGCCCCAGAACAAGAUGGCGUUUUACACGUCCACUUCGUCGACAAGUCUGUCUUUUGCUGGCAAAGUCCCGAGUCUUCUUCGCCGAGCCACGACAAAUUCCAGUCUCGGCAGUAUAGCUGAGGGCGUGUCGGCAACUGGGGUUACUGUUGUGAACAAGAGCAAGCCUGAACGUGGCAAGGCGAAUGAGGAAAAGGAGUUUGUGAGGAAGGCUGGUGGCGGGCGAAGAAAUGCAGUCAACUACAGGCCGACAAUGAAGGAGGAGAAGAUGAGCCAGAGAGCAGGGAUCGUCAAGAAGAGUGCCGUGAAGAGUAAUAAGGGCGGUGAUGGCUUUCUGGGCGGGUUGUUUCGACAGGAUAGUUGGGCGUGA